AUGUUUGUUUAUGUGCUUCUUUUGCUGAGUAUUCCAAACAUUUGUUUAUCCCAAUCAAUUGUUAAAACUCUACCUGGAUUUGAUGGAGAUCUUCCUUUCAGUCUUGAAACUGGAUAUGUAGGUGUUGGAGAAAAUGAAGAGGUGCAAAUGUUUUAUACGUUUAUGGAAUCAGAAAGGAGUCCAGAAAAUGAUCCUCUUAUAUUAUGGAUUAUUGGAGGACCUGGUUGCUCUGGUCUUUCUGCUUUUCUCUAUCAAAAUGGUCCCCUAAAUUUUAACUACGGAAACAUCAGUGACAACAAGCCGACAUUGAUGCUAAAUCCAUAUUCAUGGACCAAGUUUGCAAAUGUAAUAUAUUUGGAUUCGCCUGUGGGUACUGGAUUUUCAUAUGCAACAACUUCUGAAGGGUAUAAAACUGGUGAUCGAUCAUCAGCAGCACAACUCUAUGAUUUUCUGAGAAAGUGGCUUAUGACACACCCCAAAUUUAUAUCAAAUCCAUUAUAUGUUGGCGGUGACUCUUACGCUGGCAUAGUUGCUCCUAUUGUUCUUCAUGAGAUUUCUAGUGGGAAUACUAAACGGAAUGAGUCUCAAAUAAACCUUCAAGGAUUUAUAUUAGGCAAUCCAGUCACUCAUUUGGAUUUUGAAUUGAAUUCAAGAAUUACUUAUGCUCAUCAAAAAGCUAUCAUUCCAAAAAAGCUCUAUAAGGAAACCAAGGAACAUUGCAAGGGCAAGUAUAUGAAUCCAGAUCGAAGAAACACAAUAUGCAUUAACAAUCUUCAAGCUAUCAAUAAGACGUUCGAAAAAAUGUACAUGUACAACGUAAUGGAACCGAAGUGUGCAUGGGAUCUAAGUGCUUUGCUGGGAGAAAAUAAUCUACUUGAAAUCAUGCGAAAAAUUGAUGUCUACACAGCAUCUCAAAAUUCAGUUGAAUGGUGUAGAGAUUUUAUGCUAGUGUAUGUUCAUUUUUGGGCUAAUGAUCAGAGUGUCCAGAAUGCUCUUCAUGUUCGAAAGGGUACAAUACAGGAGUGGAUAAGAUGCAAUGCUAGCCUAGUUAAGUAUCAAUAUGAUGUUUUUCCAUCUACUCUUGAAUAUCACAGAAACUUUACUAAGAGGGAUUACCGUGCUUUGAUUUUCAGUGGUGAUAAUGACUUGGCUAUUCCACAUUUGGGCACACAUCAAUGGAUAAAGUCUCUAAAAUUGAAAAUGACAAGAGAUUGGAAACCAUGGUUCGUUGGUGAUCAAAUUGCAGGCAAUGUAAUCACAUAUUCAAAGAAGAAAUACAAUUUGACAUAUGCCACUAUAAAGGGAGGGGGUCAUUCAGCUACAGAAAUAAGGCCAAAGGAGUGUUUUGCAAUGGUAGAUAGGUGGUUAGCUUUUAAUUCACUUUAAAAAUGUUGUUCUAUUG